GAGGACAGAACCAUACGUGAAUAUAAUCUAUACUAUACCUGGACGAUGGUAAGCUGAUUUCCCUGAUCCUUGAGGCGGAAUUUUCCAUACAUCGUCCAGCAAGGCCGCAACGUGGAAUUCGUUGAUGAUGCAACUGCCAAUGGCGACGCGGAGGAUGCUGACGAUCUGCCAAUGCUGGUGGGGCAUCUCACAUGGCGCCACCGUCUCCAGUGAAGACCUCCGCCUCCUCCUUGCCAUCCUCUUCUAGGACCAUUUCAACACCUCCAAUCUGCCGCGCCACCACCCCAGUACCGCCACACCACCACGCCACCACCUAGAGGACCUACUUUGCCUCCCUAUCUUCUCAUAAGGAAUUGAGUUAUUUCAAAUCUGUAGUAUAUGUGAAGGAAAGUAUUGCAAGCCUUCCCACUGUGAACGGGUAUUUCAUUCUGUCAAAAAAAAAAAGAAGCCUUGGCGAACAGUUUGAUUGAGCAAUACCACUCCAUGGCAAUGCUCUUCAGAAGGUUGGCAUGGCAUGUCGCAGCGGCACUGGUUCUUCCGGCUGCAGCAAGCCGGGAUCCGCGCGCGGUCCGCGCUUGUCUCCGUCGUGUACCAGAAAGGGCUCUCCCUGUCCAGCACCUCCAGACAGAGCCGCACCAGCGGCGAGAUGAUCAACAUCAUCAGCGUGGACGCCGACCGCGUCGGCCUGUUCUCAUGGUACAUGCACGACCUCUGGUUGGUGCCGCUCCAAGUAGGCAUGGCGCUCUUCAUCUUGUACUCCACCCUCGGGGUCGCCUCGCUUGCAGCGCUCGCUGCCACCGUCGUCGUCAUGCUUGCCAAUGUGCCUCCGAUGCAAAUGCAGGAGAGGUUCCAGCAGAAGCUCAUGGACUGCAAGGAUUUCAGGAUGAAGUCCACAUCUGAGAUCCUGCGCAACAUGAGGAUUCUUAAACUGCAGGGGUGGGAGAUGAAGUUCUUGUCCAAGAUCAUCGACCUGCGGAAAACAGAGGAAAGCUGGCUCAAGAAGUAUCUGUACACGUCCACCGUGGCCACCUUCGUGUUCUGGGGUGCCCCGACCUUCGUCGCCGUGGUAACAUUCGGAGCCUGCAUGCUCCUAGGGAUACCAUUGGAGUCAGGGAAGGUGCUGUCUGCAUUGGCCACGUUCCGAGUGCUUCAAGAACCAAUAUACAACCUUCCCGACACAAUCUCGAUGAUGAUUCAGACUAAGGUGUCUCUUGACAGGAUAGCUUCUUUCCUCUGUCUCGAGGAGUUGCCAACUGAUGCUGUGCAGAGGUUGCCAAGUGGUAACUCGGAUAUCGCAAUUGAGGUCAGCAAUGGGUCCUUUUCCUGGGACGCCUCAGCUGAAGUGCCAACGCUGAAGGAUCUGAACUUUCAAGCUCGGCAAGGCAUGCGGGUCGCCGUCUGUGGGACCGUCGGCUCUGGAAAAUCAAGCUUGCUCUCUUGCAUUCUUGGUGAGAUGCCAAAGCUAUCAGGAGAGGUCAAGACUUGCGGAACAAUGGCAUAUGUCAGCCAGUCAGCAUGGAUACAGAGCGGCAAAAUUCAGGACAACAUACUGUUCGGCAAGGAGAUGGACACUGAGAAGUAUGAUACGAUCCUUGAGUCAUGUUCCCUAAAAAAAGACUUGGAGAUAUUACCAUUUGGUGACAAAACGGUCAUUGGAGAACGAGGCAUCAAUCUUAGUGGCGGGCAGAAGCAAAGGAUUCAGAUAGCCCGAGCUUUGUAUCAGGAUGCCGACAUCUAUUUAUUCGAUGAUCCAUUCAGUGCAGUCGAUGCCCACACAGGCUCCCACCUCUUCAAGGAAUGCUUGCUUGGGGUUUUGGGAUCACAAACAGUUGUUUAUGUUACGCACCAGAUUGAAUUCCUACCUGCGGCUGAUAUUAUUCUGGUAAUGAAUGGUGGGAGAAUAGCCCAAGCAGGCAAAUACAACGAAAUCCUUGGAUCAGGGGAAGAGUUCCUCUUUUUUUGCGCUUUGAGUUGCAUCCGGCCUACCACCAAGGCAUCCUCACAUCGAGAUGCUGUCCGGGGAUGUGCCCACGAGGCUGGGUCUUUGUGUCCUACCUCAACCUCGGGAGUGACGCGACUUGACCUGGACAUUGUCAAACCGAGCUCUGAUGGUACCAACAACGACUAGAAGCAUCCGGUGACGAGAUGAGCAUGCUUCUCCUGAUGUGAUUUGCUCUCCUUCCUCUUUGAUGCUUUCAUGAUUAAUAAGGUCUCUUCAUGAUUAUGUUUACAUACGAUGGAUGCGCAAUGAAAAUUUUCAGCAGAAACUCCUUGUCCUCAAAGGACAUUGAUUCUUUCAAAAUAUAAUUGCUUGGAACUGGGAACUUUGUAGAUCGUUUUUUUCCUUCAAAAUGGAGGGGGUACCCCAGGCCUCUGCAUCCACUUUGUAGAUCGGGUGGCAUUGUGAGCUCGCUCUCUCGACCACGCGUGGGUCUACUGGGAUGCGAACCGAAAUUCUUUUCCAGUGGCAUGCGUUUUGGGGAAAAGAGAAAUAUGGGUGACCAUAGUUUAAAAAGCGUCGCUUAGUCGCCGCCUAGGCGUCAGGGCGCUCCCCCUCCGCUUUCUAAAAACAGCCGCUUUAGGCGCCUAGGCGUCCAAAGUGCCCGCCUAGGCGUCGCCUAGGCGCCAAAGCGCCCUCCCUCCUUAAGGCGCCAAGGCGUCGCCUUAAAAACCAUGUGGGUGACCAUUAAGCUGCACAACUUGUGACAAGAGAAAUAUGCAAACCGAAUUUAUUUUCCAGUGGCAUGCAUUUUGGGGAGAAGGUGGAAUUGAGGUAGAAGAUGGUCCUGCGAUAUCUGAACAAUCUACGACACUCCUCGACCCCCUGGAUGGACAAAGAGGUUAAUUCAGAUUUGGGAUGAUGUACUGUGUUGUUUUGCAAAUUAGUUGAUUUAUUAGUUAGUUCAGGUAUGUGAUGAUCUGUGAGGAGCAGAACUCUUAUGCAGCUUUGUUGUUAAACCCAGAUGCUAAUCCAAGCACCGUAAUGUUGAAAGAAAUCGUAUGCUAAUCUAACAAAAUUGAUUUGGUUACCUACCAGACCAAUAGUAUAACAUGAUUCAUUUCUGAUC